UUUUCUUUGGGGGGGAGGGGUCUUUGUUUUUUUGGUGGAGGGGACAUCUAUGUUUUCUUUCCCGACAUGACUUUUAUGAAAAUGUUUCGUAUAACUUCACGUGUGCUUGUUUAAUGGGGUUUGGGGAUGGGGAUAAGGAAGAGAAUCUGGAACUCAACGUUAUAAAACAAAUGUAAAAAUUAUUUUUAAAUGUAACUGGGGAAAAGCAAAAAUAUUUUAAAAAAUUUUGUUGUCAUGAAAGAAACUACAUUUCCCAGCACAGCCCGAGGCCGGGGAAAAAACUCUCAGGAAGACGGAAAUAGUAGAACGAGGUCUAAGGGCGGAGGGGCGGAAACUAAGAGGAAAAGUUGUGCGCGCGAGCCUGCAGAAGCCGGCCUGCCAACCCUUCGGUCCUCGUGCGCUCCGGACCCCGGUAGCACCCGCGGCUGCCCAGUCUCCGGAGACAUGACUGAAGCUCGAAAGCGGAGGGAGCUGCUCCCGCUCAUCCACCACCAUCUGGUGCAGGCUGGCUACGUGAGGGCGGCGCGGGAGUUGAAACUGCAGAGCGGGCAGAAAACUUUCCCAGAACAAUCAGUGACCCUUCUGGACAUCUAUACCCACUGGCAACAAACUUCAAGAGUUGCUAAGAAACGCAAGGCAGAAGAAGCAGAUGGAGAAAUUCCCUAUAAGGUUAGAGUGUCUGAUCCUACAAGCAGCUCUGAGAGCUCAGAGGAGGAAAAGGAACAAGAGAGAAUGGGGAAAACUGUAAAAACCCUCAGAGUGCUGCACUCCAAUUCUGUAUCUGUGAUAAAGGACACCCAGUGCAAGAAUUCACUGUCACCUAAGGAGAAAGUCAAGACAAAGAAUAAAAAAGGAACCGCGGUGACCUCUGCAUUACACCCUGACCCCCUUGAAGCACAAACCGCCUCUGGAAAGCCAGAUCCAACUGUGUCAGUGCAGUCCCAUUCCAAAAAAUCCCCAGCAGCCCCCAGAAAGCAGGCAACACAGCCUGCGAGCAAUAGCUUGGCCACACACAGUGAGGAAAAGGUCGCUUCCCCUGUUGUUAAGCUGUUUCCCAAACCUGCCACAAUGCCUCUGGACAAGAAGACGGAGAGCAGCAACGAGGACUCCUCAAGUGAUGAGACAGAUAUAGAGAUGGAGAAACCAAUGGGAAUUCCCCAGGGCAACUCUGUACCAGUGAAAGGUGACCCUGCUGCCUUAGCUUCCACCAAGGGAAACCAAGUGAUUAUCCCAUCUCCUAUCAGAGUAGUGGCUAAGGUUCCUACAGCUAAGGAGGAGAGUCCAGAAGAGACUUCUGAGAGCAGUGAUGAAUCUGAGAGUGACGAUGAUGUCCCGUGGCCUCAGAGACAGGCACAAGAAGGGAAAACACCUCAUCUUGGAGCAGUGCCAGCAUGGGAGGGCAAGACCACUCCAACCGCAGGGAAAACGGUCACUCCAUCCUCCAAACCGAAUUUGGGGCUGCCCUCCCAGGUAGCUGAGACCCAGAAGUCAGAGGAGAGUUCAGAGAGCAGCGAGGAGUCAGAAAGUGAAGAGGAGAAUGCAGAACUUAAGAGGCCACAGAUGAGGACUGGGGGAGAAGUUAAAAUUGCCCCAGCCUCUGCUGUCAAAGUAUCCCCAGGGAAAGGAGUGCUUCCUGCUUCUGGUAAGCCAGUGGCUCCCCAGCUCCAGGCCCAAGCCUCAACACCUGGAAGUGCAGAGGCUGGUUCGGAGAGCAGCGAGGACUCGGAGAGCGAUGGAGCCGCCUCAGCCCCACGGGGACAGGAAAUGUCAUCCGUGAAGUCUCCCCAGGCCAGCGCCGCCCCAGUAAAUAGAAUCCCUGCCCCCAGCCUCACUAAGGGACCCCUGAGCAAAGGGACCCUCCAGGCUAAGGCAUCUGAAUCCAGUGUUUCAGAAAACAGUUCUGAUAGUAGCGAGGAUUCUGAGAGUGAAGAGAACAUCAUUGUGCCACAAACACAGGAGAAAUCAUCAGGGAAAGCUCCCCAGGCCAGUGCUACAAAAGUGAAAGGGACCCUUCUUGGUGCUGAAAAACCAGCGUUUUCAUCCCCCCAGGUCAAGAUGGAGCCAUCAGUGGCCCAAGUCAGGACAGGGCCAUCAGCCAUGGCUUGGGAACCUAGAAGUUCAGAGUCUAGUUCUGAGAGUAGUGAGGAGUCUGAGAUUGAAGAGGAGAUCAAAACACCUCAGGGAAAGGAAAAAUCACCAGUGAAAAUUCUCCAAAAUAAUGCCAUAACAAAAAAGGUGGCUUCUGCCCCCAGUCAGGAGCCUCAGGGGAAGGAGGCCUUUUCUAGUCUUGGGAAAUCAGGAACUCGUACUGUUGAGAUUAGGGUGCCAUUGGCUGUAGACUCUUCUGGGUCAGAGACCACUGAGAGCAGCGAGGAGUCAGACGGGGAAGAAGAGACUUCUACACUCCAGGCUCAGGUGAGGCCUUCAGGGAAAACUCCAGUUAAAGCUACCCCUGCCCCGCUCCCCAAGAGCCUUCUAGAGAAGGGGGCUCUUCAACCUUCUGGGAAAAUGGCGACUGCAGCUCCCAGUACCAAGGGGACUUCUCCAGCCAAAGGGAUGAGACCUGGGGGAUCAGAAGACAGUUCUGAGAGCAGUGAUGAGUCAGAAAGCGAAGUGGAAACUCCUACAUCCCAAGGACAGGCAGUAUCAUCAGUGAAAACUCCUCAACUGAAAGCCUCUCCUUCCCCUACCACCAUGAGGCCAUUGGGAAAAGGAGUUCUUCCCACUUCAGGAAAGUUAGUAUCUGCAGCUUCCAAUGGCAAGGGGCCAUCUCCCACCAAGGCCGUGGGGGCUGGGAAGCCAGAGGAGAGUAGUUCUGAGAGCUCUGAUGAGACAGACAGUGAUGUGGAGGUACCUGUGUCUCAAGGACAGACAAAACCAUCAGUGAAAACUCCCCAAAUCAAUACCUCUGCACCGAAAUUGGACACCAUCACCUCCAUCUCUUCUAAGGGCACUCAGGGGAGAGUAUCUACUCCAGCUCCAUGUAAAUCAGGGACUUUGCCCCUUCAGGCCAAAGCAGCAGGACCUGGGAGACUCGAGGACACUUCUGAAAGCAGUGAGGAGUCAGAGAGUGAGGAGGAGAGCCCAACAUCCCGGGGAAAGGCAAAGCCCACCAUGAAAGCUUCCCAAGUCGAUACUCCUCCAGGAAAAGGGGCCCCCGUCAUUCCUCUCUCCUCUCAAGACACUCAGGGGAGAGUAUCUACUCCAGCUCCCUGUAAAUCAGGGACUUUGCCUCUCCAGGCCAAAGCAUCAGGACCUGGGAGACACAAGGACACUUCUGAAAGCAGUGAGGAGUCAGAGAGUGAGGAAGAGAGCCCAGCAUCUCGGGGACAGGCAAAACUGGCAGUGAAAACCCCUCAAGCUGACACCAUCUUAGGCAAAGGGACCUCUGUCUCCCCUAAGGGCACUCAGGGGAAAGCAUCUACUCUGUCCGCCUUGAAAUCAGGGACUGUACCUCUCCAGGCCAAAGGAGAAGUCCAACAAAAGAUAGGUUGGCUUGGGAAACCAGAAAACACUUCAGAGAGCAGUGAGGAUUCAGAGUGUGAAGAGAGCAUCCCAGUAUCUCAGGUCCAGGUAAAACCUGCAGUCAUACUUCCUAUAGGUUUGGAGGGAAAGAAAGGGACUACUGCAUCAUCUCCUAAGAAGUCAGCAGUUCCCUCCCUUCAGGCCAUGAAGGUGGAUUCCAGCAGCUCAGAAGAGAGCUCCAGCAGUAGCGAUGAGGUGGUGAUCCCUCCAACCCAAAGACAGGCAAAACCCACAAUGAAAGCUUCCCAAGUCGAUACCCCUCCAGGAAAAAGGGCCCCUGUCACUCCUCUCUCCACUAAGGACACUCAAGAGAGAAUAUCUACUCCAGCUCUCUGGAAGUCAGGGUCUGUUCCCCUCCAGGCCAAAGCAGCAGGAUCUGGGAGACCCGAGGACACUUCUGAAAGCAGUGAGGAAUCAGAGAGUGAAGAGGAGGUAAAGUCAUCUGCCCAAAUCCCCCAGAGCAAAGCUGCUGAGAAGUCAAUGGCCCCUGUCACCACCGUAGAGGAGACAUCAUCAGAAAGCAGCCAGGAUACAGAAAGUGAAGGAGAAGUCCCAACUCCUCAGGGGCAGAUAAAAACUGCUAUGAAAAGUACCCAGAUCAAUACAGCCUCAGGAAGAGAGAGCAGGAGCAUAUCAGCCUCAGGAAAACCUGUGCCUUCCUCCCAGGCCACAAAAACUGAGCCAAUAAGCCCGGAAGAGCCUUCUGAUAGCAGCGAGGAAUCCGAAAGUGAAGAUGAGGUCAUCUCGGUGCAGAUAAAAACUGUAAUGAAAACUCCUGAGGUUGCUGCAGCCUCAGCAAGAAAGAGCGAGCCCGUACCAGCCCCUAGGAAGUCUGCGAUUCCAUCUCCCCAAACCCAGGUGAGGCCUCCAGCUCAGAGCGCUGAAACCUCAGGGUCAGAGGAAAGCUCCAGCAGCAGUGACGAGUCUGGCAGCGAAUUGGUGAGCUCUGCAUCCCCUGAGCAGGUUUCAUCAGGGAAGAAAACUGAAAAAGCUGGAACUGUCAAGAACAAUGUAGGGAAAGUGUCUACUGCAUUGCCAGACAAGCAAUUGGCUGCACCUGACACUACUAGGAACCAUAAAUCUGAGAGUAACAAUGGAGAACCGCCAACUGCCCAGACCACUUGUGACAAGAACAAAACAACUAAGCAGGACAAGAAAUCCAAGCUUGCUGAGAGGACCCAAGCCACAGCUAACCAAGACAGCAUUUCUGUGACUGCUAGCAAUGGUAUAAAGAGUGAGAAAGAAGACUCAGAUGCAACCAGAGCAAAGCAGGCACAAAGUCUAGGUCUUUCCCCCAAGGGCAAAGCAUCAAUGAGACAGAGAGCCCCAAGGAUUCUAGUGAAGAUGAAAUUAUAGAGCCUUCCCAGCUACAGAAGGCACCUCCUAAGCAAAGACCUGAAGCAGUUACCUCUGCAGGCCCAGCUCAGCCAGCAUCUUCCAAAGAAAGUCCUCAGAAUGACAGCAGUGAUUCUGAGACCGACAGUGAGAUAAGAUCAAUAGAGAAGCCUCCGCAAACGGGAAAAGAACUUAAGAUCUCAGUCUCCAGGCGUCAGAUGAUAAGAAAGGGGUUCAAGCCAGGAGCAGUCAAUUGUAAAACUACUUCACCCAAACAGGGGAACGACUGUCAGAGUCCCAUGCAGACUAUGGCUCCUUCCAGCCUCCCUUCUCUAAUUCAGCACCAGGUCUCAAACGUUAAUGAGAACUCGGAGCUUAACAGUACAUUCGUCAGUUCCAAAGCCACUGGAAUAAUAAUGCUCAGUGACCUGCCACAACUAGAGAAGAAGAAAAAGAACACUGAAUCCCUAAAGCCAGGCAAGGGGAGCAAGAAGUCAAAAUCAAAACGAAAACUGACUGAGGAGGGCCCUGUUGCUAAAGCCCCCAAGAACAAGAAAAAAAAGCUGAUGGGUGAAAUCCAUAAGGAUGGGGAGGUUUUACAAGAAAAAACCCCUGGAGCUCCCCAGGUGGGGAAGAAAGAGAAAGCUAGUAGUGAUACUAAAGAAAAGAAGCCAAAGGGGCUGCAUCACUCCAAGAAAAACAAAGGGAAACCAGAUGGAAAUGUUACAGUCACAGUGGGAGAAAGUAGAGAAAUGCUAGGUACCAAGACCAAAAAAGCGAAGAAGCAUAAAAAGAAAUCUGACAAGA